AUGAGUCGCGAGCCUCUCCCGUCAUCCAUGGAUGACAACCCGGUGUUUCGCGAGGAAAGCGGCCUCCAGAAAUUUACCAGACGUCUCAAGGAGGAGCCGUUGAUCCCGCUGGGAUGUGCCGCAACAUGCUACGCCCUCUACCGCGCCUACCGAUCAAUGAAAGCCGGCGAUUCGAAUGAAAUGAACCGCAUGUUCCGAGCUCGUAUCUACGCACAAGCAUUCACACUAGUGUCCCUCGUCGUAGGCGGCAUGUACUUCAAGACGGAGCGACAGCAGCGCCGGGAGUUCGAGAAGGCAGUGGAAGAGCGGAAAUCACAGGAGAAGCGCGACGCGUGGCUGCGCGAGCUGGAGAUCCGUGACAAGGAAGACCGCGAGUGGCGAGAGCGCCAUGCUUCUAUCGAGGCGGCCGCGAAGGAGGCCGGUAACAGGCCAUCGGAGCCCGAUGCGGCCCGGUCUGCGAUUGAGCCUGCGGAUGAGAAGUCGAUUGGGGUUCUUGAUGCCGUCAAAGCUCUCAUGGGCCGGAACUAG